CAAAUUCUCGUAACACCCGCUAGUGUUCCCACUGUUCUGUGACUCCACUUCUCUAUCUGGCUGUGAUCGUUCGUUUUCGUCACGAAGCGGACGAGGGAGUGUAGCCUAGUCAUACGGGCAAGUAGGUGCAGAAAAUAAAAUAAUCAACGAUAUUUACGAUAAGCGACAGCCAACACCGUGAGAAAGUGAAAGUGGCACCAGUUGGCAGUCCCAAAGACCGUCUUUUGAUCUGCUUUUCAUAGCUGUCAACUGUUAUUGAGUGAGGUCUCCUCCUAGUUGGUGACGGAUACAGUAGGCGACACGGGGAGACCAGCUUGUAUUGCCCUCGCCAGAUUUCAUAAGAUUAGAUUUCAAAAUAUUUGACGAGUGGUGUGGAGGCCAAGAUGUCAUCGAAGAUGCCAAGCUCUAACAACGUAACUCAGGCCAGAAGGACAGUACAACAGCUAAAGAUAGAGGCCAGUAUUGAGAGGAUAAAGGUAUCCAAGGCCUCAGCGGACCUCAUGCACUACUGUGGCGAACAUGCCAAGUACGACCCUCUGCUCAUGGGCAUCCCUGCCUCAGAGAACCCCUUCAAGGACAAAAAGCCUUGCGCUAUAUUGUAAUGACCCCUUUAUGUAUCUGUUGGCUUUUUAAUGUUCCUGUAUGUCUUUUUUUUCUACUCAUCCACCCAUCAUGCCUUAAAGCCUAUAACCUUACCCUUUAAUGAAAAUGUUGUAUUUUAUCACUCACGUUGAACAGACUUACAGACAUAACAUACAGUGCAUUGAUACAGUACAUCGUUCAAAUAUACCUUGGGACACUGACUGUUAAUGUGUGUCUGAUUUAGCUCAGUGGAUUUAGCCGAUGUUUCCGACCAGCCCUUUAACAAGUCUGUUUUAAUCGUAUCUUCUGUCAUCUGUAUUAUAAUGACCUAAUUUAAUAUAUUUCAGGCUUUGGAGUCAUGGUUGGGACAUGUGGCUGUAUUGUCUUCUUCCCAUUGACUCAUCAUUGACCCAUGCUGCGUUCACGUGCUAGUUGGAACUAGGAAACUCUGACAUGUUUGACUUGCUAACUGGUUGAACAGGGCAUGUGUAUAACUACAACCAGUUAGCAAAUCAAACAUGUCAGAGUAACCUAGUUCCAACUAGCAUGUGAAUGCAGCUUCAUGCUGUUUAUUAAUAACUUCCUGGUUCAGCAGGAUGGCAUCUGGACUGUCAGUGAGCAAUGGAGGAAGUAGACCCAGGGACAAAUAUUUUCUAAAAUAGACAUCAUCAGAGCCCUCAACCUUCUAUUAAUGUAAAGAGCAUAAGUUUUUGAUUAGUGCUGAGGAUAUUUGAACUCACUGCCAAUUUUCGGAUGGGAAACUGCAGUGUACAGCUAAGACAGGUAAUUCACAACCUCAGUAUACAGCACUCCACCCAGCCAUUUAAACCAGGUGUUACAUAACAGAACACUGUGAGCCAAGUCACCUUAACAUAUUUACGAUAGUAAUCAUGUAAUCAAUGUAUAGGUUGGUAUUUUAAAGAGGGGGUUCAGGUACAAGUAUUCUGUUGGGAGAGACCAUAGGAGGUGCACCAGCUUGGCACAUGGGUUGUUAUUAAUGGUGUAAUAAAUUAUUUUCACUCCAACUAUGUGCACUAUACCAUGUAUUUGAGUAAACUGGUCUAAUAGACUAGAAGUAACAUAGUAAACGUACAUCCGGGACACUCAAAUUACACUGAACAAAAAUAUAAAUGCAACAUGUGAAGGGCCGGUCCCAUGUUUCAUGAGCCGAAAAAAAAAUCCCUGAGAUAUUUCCCUACGCCCAAAAAAGGAAUUUCUCUUAAAUUAUGUGCAAAAAAAUGUUUACACCCUUGUUAGUGAGCAUGUAUCCUUUGUCAAGAUAAUCAAUCUACUUGACAGGUGUGGCAUUUCAAGAAGCUCAUUAAACAGCAUGAUCGUUACACAGGUGCACCUUGUGCUGGGGACAAUCAAAGGCCACUCUAAAAUGUGCAGUUUGGUCACACAACGCAAUGGCACAAUUCUCAAGUUUUGAGGGAGCGUGCAAUUGACAUGCUGACUGCAGGAAUGUUCACCAGAGCUGUUACCUACCAUAAGCCACCUCCCACAUCCUUUUAGAGAAUUUGGCAGUACGUCCAACCGGUCUCACAACCGGGAGACCACUUGUAACCACACCAGCCCAGGACCUCCACAUCUGGUUUCUUCAUCUGUGGGAUCGUCAGAGGAGAAAGGGGGGACUAUUUAUUUCUGUCUGGGGGGAAAAACUAAUUCUGAUUGGCUGGGCCUGGCUCCCCAGUGGGUCGGCCUGACUUCGAAGUGGGUGGGCCUAUGCCCUCUCAGGCCCACCCAUGGCCUUGCCCUUGCCCAGUCAUAUGAAAUCCAUAGAUUAUGGCUUAAUGAAUGUAUUCAUAUUGACUGAUUUAUUUGUAUGAACUGUAACUCAACAAAAUCUUAGAAAUUGUUGCAUGUUGCAUUUAUAUUUUAUUUCAUUAUAGUAUAUGACAUGUUACCUUUGGUAUGGUUACAUAAGAUAGAAAGUUAGUUAAGGCAAAAACAAAAGGAGGUUGGUUGGUUGGGAUGGGAUGGGCGUAUAAUGCGAAUGUCUAGCAACACAAAGAUUGCAUGCUUGAAUCUCAUCACGGACAAAUUAAGCAUUUUAGCAACUUGGCAACUACUUACUACUUUUUUAGCUAUUUUACAACUACUUAGCAUGUUAGCUAACCCUAACCCUUUAGCUGGCCCUUCCCCUAACCCUAACCUUAACCCUUUAGCUGGCCCUUCCCCUAACCCUAACCCUUUUAGCUGGCCCUUCCCCUAACCCUAACCUUAACCCUUUUAGCUGGCCCUUCCCCUAACCCUAACCCUUUUAGCUGGCCCUUCCCCUAACCCUAACCUUAACCCUUUUAGCUGGCCCUUCCCCUAACCCUAACCCUUUAGCUGGCCCUUCCCCUAACCCUAACCUUAACCCUUUUAGCGGGCCCUUCCCUAACCCUAACCUUAACCCUUUAGCUGGCCCUUCCCUAACCCUAACCUUAACCCUUUUAGCUGGCCCUUCCCCUAACCCUAACCUUAACCCUUUUAGCUGGCCCUUCCCUAACCCUAACCUUAACCCUUUUAGCGGGCCCUUCCCUAACCCUAACCUUAACCCUUUAGCUGGCCCUUCCCUAACCCUAACCUUAACCCUUUUAGCUGGCCCUUCCCUAACCCUAACCUUAACCCUUUUAGCCCAACUCCUAACCUUAACCCCUAAGCCCUAGAGCUAACGUUAGCCAGCUAGCUAAUGUUAACCACAACAAAUUGGAAUUCGUAACAUAUCAUCAAAAACUGAUGAUGGACAUCCACAAAUUAACACAUAUCAUAUGAAACAUAACAUAUCAUACUAAAUGGAGUGUCUCAAUUUACAAACAGAAUAAUACUAAAUGCUCUGAGACCACGUUGAUUUGAAGCUGACCCCAAUGUCCUGUGAUAGUACUAAGUAUGGUAUUUGGGGGGGCAGGACCAAGUUUGGGAAACACUGUCCUAUUGAACAGUAGAAAAUAGAAUGUCCCGUAUGCCCUGUCGGUUAGCUGUUGGGAAUAUGUCUCGAUAAAACGAACCAGCUGUAUCGAUGUGGUUAGCACAGAUAGGCUGGAAAGUAUCAUUAUGUUUGCAUUCACAAAGCCUUACAAGUGUUUGCAUUGUGGUGUGAAGAUUAUUAUUUUUUUAUUUGUUAAAUGAAAAUGGAUCUUUCUGUGCUGAUUUCCUGUGAUUUCUAACUGAAUCGUGCCAUCGUCUUGUCACUAGCAGAAGAGAAAAGAAAAUGUCUGAUUGUAUACACCUGGUGCUACUCUUUGUAAUGUCUGUGUUAACCUCCCUCCAAAAGGUACUUCCUUCAUCAUAAAGGUCUUGAAAUCAGAGACAGGGAGACCCAGUAACCCAUUAUGAAUUCUUGAGCGAUGACAAUUGUAUCUCGACGACUUUUCUCUCUGACAGUGUAUCUCUCUAAUAUGCUAAAUCUGGCUACUGUUACUUUGUGUGACAUCACCAGACAAUUCUGAUUCAACCAGCAUACCAGCAAUGGCCUUUAUAUACCUUUGUGAGACUCGUACGUGACCUUUCCCUGACCCUCUGUGAAGACAGUGUGAACCUGGUGGAUUAAAGACAUCUGUAUGUUGUUUUGUUCAUUAUAUCAAGUGAUGGAGCCUUUGUUUCUCUCUCUGCUGAGUACAGUCUUUCCUGUUGUUAUUAAACAUAGAUUUAUAAUUGCA